AUGGGUCGAAGAAGUUCUUAUGAUAUUAGUCAUCGUCAAAUAUAUUUUAUUGAUGAUGUUAAUAUGCCUAAUAAAAUGCGAACAAGUCUUAUCAAUGAUGGAUCUGCUAAAGCAUCACCUUCAAAUUUUAAAAUCAAAGAAAUUUUUAAAAAUGAAGAUAAUAAAAUUAAAAAAGAAAAAAAAAGUUCUGCAGAACUUGUUAGCUUUGCGAGUCUAUUUCGCUUUGCUAAUAAAAUCGACAUUCUUUGUAUAAUGAUUGGUACAUUUGCUGCUUUGGCACAUGGGGCUGCAUUUCCUCUAAUGUUACUUGUCUUCGGCAAUUUAGUAGAUGUAUUUACUGAUCGAUCCUUUGAUCUAUGUCAACUAAAUUUUACGCUACUUAAUUCCUUUUGUCCUGAAAAUAUUCAUCUUACAAAUAAAAAUUUUCGUAACGAAUAUCAAAAAUGUAACUUUCCACAAGAAAAUUUUACACCAAUAAAUGAUAAUUUCAUGGCAAACAUUCGCAAACAAUCUAUGUGGCUUGCUAUUAUGGGAUGUGCAAUAAUUGUAAUAGGAUAUUUUCAAGUCACUUUUUGGUCUAUUGCAUGUGAACGUCAAACACGUCGUCUUCGUGAAACACUUUUUCGAUCAAUACUUAAUAAAGAUAUAGCUUAUUUUGAUACACAUAAAACAGGUCAACUUAGUACAAGAUUAACAGAAGAUGUUAAUAAAGUACACGAUGGUACAGGUGAUAAAGUUGGUUCAGCAUUACAAUUUAUUGGUUCAUCUAUUGCUGGUAUUAUACUAGGAUUUAUUAAAGGAUGGAAAUUAACAUUAGUUCUACUUUCUCUUGGUCCAAUAGUUGUUGUUAGUGCAGCUAUUUUUACACGAAUAACAGCAACAAUGACAUCACAAGAAUUGAAAGCAUAUGCAAAAGCUGGAGCUAUUGCUGAAGAAGUUUUAAGUAGUAUACGAACUGUUUUUGCAUACAAUGGUGCAACUUAUGAAUCAAAAAGAUAUGAAAAACAUCUAAGAUCAGCAAAACUAAGUGGUAUUCGUAAAGGCGGAUUAAAUGGAAUGUUAAUGGGUGGUAUUUUUUGUUUGAUUUUUUGCACAUAUGCUUUGGGAUUUUGGUAUGGAGCUAAACUUGUUCGUGAUGAAGGUUUUUCAAUUGGUGGAAUUCUUAUUGUAUUUUUCUCACUUAUUACAGCAAUGUUUGGUCUUGGUCAAGCAGCUCCUCAUCUUCAAUCAGUUGCGCAGGCUCGAGGCGCAGCUUUUACAUUAUGGAAUAUUAUUGAUACACCAUCAAAAAUCACCAUAAAUCAUCCUGAUGGUGUUAAAAAAGAAGAUUUGAUUGGUGAUAUAAAAUUUACUAAUGUUCAUUUUUCUUAUCCAUCUCGAUCUGAUGUUCCUGUUCUUAUUGGACUUUCAUUUACAGCACAAAGUGGUCAAACAACAGCACUUGUUGGUUCUUCUGGCUGUGGAAAAAGUACAUGUAUACAAUUAUUACAAAGAUUUUAUGAUCCAAUUGAUGGUUCAGUUGAAAUUGAUGACAUGCAAGUUAGUCAAUAUAAUCUUGGUUGGCUUCGAGAACAUAUUGGUGUUGUAUCACAAGAACCAAUUUUAUUUCAAACAACAAUCAAAGAAAAUAUUCUUUUUGGAAAAAUGAAUGCAACACAAGAUGAAGUUGAACAAGCAGCUAAAAUGGCUAAUGCACAUGAUUUUAUAAUGGAAUUACCAGAUAAAUAUGGUACACUUGUUGGUGAACGUGGUGCACAAUUAAGUGGAGGUCAAAAACAACGAAUAGCUAUUGCUCGUGCACUUAUUCGUAAUCCUCGUAUUCUUUUACUUGAUGAAGCAACAAGUGCUCUUGAUAGAGAAAGUGAAAGUGUUGUACAAGAUGCUCUUGAUCGUGCAUCGAAAGGACGUACAACAAUUGUAAUUGCACAUCGUUUAUCAACUAUUGUAAGUGCAUCAAAAAUAGUAGUUCUUGAUAAAGGAUCAGUAAUUGAAGAAGGAAAUCAUAAAACAUUAAUGGAUGAAAGAGGUGUUUAUUAUGGUCUUGUUGAAGCACAAAAUUUACAUGUGGAUGAGAAGGAUGGAAAAAUAGAUGAAGAUGAUGACACACCAGCAAUUUAUACUUAUGAUCGAAAAAGAACGAUGAGUGAUCAUCUUCGACGUGGAACCGAUACAUCAGCUGAAAAAAUCGAAAUGACCGACAAAACCAAUCAAAUAGAUACAACAACAGAGUAUACUGGACCUUCUCCAUUUUUUACAAUGCUUAAAAUGAAUCGACCAGAAUUAACCAUUAUUAUAUUUGCUUGUCUUUCAUGUCUCUGCAAUGGAGGUAUUCAACCAGCAUUUGGUGUUAUAUUAAGUAAAGUUAUUGCAGUUUUUCAAAUGUGUGAUAAAAAUGUUCAAGAACGUCGAAUAUUAAUGUAUGUUUUACUCUUUAUGGGUCUCGGUUUUCUAAUGCUUUUUACUAUGUUUUUUCAAAGUUUUCUCUUUGCCAUAUCGGGUGAAAAUUUAACACAACGUUUACGUGCAAAAAUCUUUCAAACAUUAUUAAAACAAGAUAUUACUUAUUUUGAUCAACCAGAAAAUAAUACAGGUGCUUUAUGUACACGUCUUGCAACAGAAGCAUCUGAUGUUCAAGGAGCAACUGGUAUUCGAAUUGGAACAAUGUUACAAAAUAUAGCAAAUCUUGGUGUUGGAAUAAUUUUAGCAUUUAUUUAUGGUUGGUCAUUAACAUUACUUAUGUUAGCUUUUGUACCAUUUAUGAUUGUUGCUGGAUUUUUACAAAUGUAUUUAAUGACUGGAUUUGCAAAUAAAGAUAAAAAAGCUUUAGAAGAUGCAGGAAAGAUUGCUGUUGAAGCCAUAUCAAAUAUACGAACAGUUGCACAAUUAACAAAAGAAAAACAUUUUGGUGAUGAAUAUUGUAAAUUACUUGAAUUUCCUUUUAGAAAUAGUUUAAAACGUGCACAUAUAUAUGGCAUUUUAUUCAGUAUUAGUGAUUCGAUUAUGUUUUUUGCACAAGCAGCUUUAUUUACUUUUGGUGCUUGGAGAGUGGAACAAGGAGCAAUGACCUUUGAAAAUAUUAUGCUUGUAAUGAAUUGUAUACUUUUCGGUGCAAUGGCUGUUGGUCAAACUGCAUCAAUGUCACCGGAUUAUUCAAAAGCAAUCGCAUCAUCAAAAAAAAUUUUGAUUCUAUUUAAUCGUAGACCAACAAUUAACAAUUCUUCGACUGUUGGAAAAGAACUAAAAAAUUUUAAUGGUCAAAUUGAUUUAAAUAAUUUGGAUUUUCAUUAUCCAAAUCGACAAGAAGUACAAGUUUUAAAAAAAUUCAAUUUAAAAAUUGCACCUUAUGAACAAGUUGCUCUUGUUGGUUCAUCUGGUUGUGGAAAAAGUACAAUUAUUCAAUUACUUGAACAUUUUUAUGAUCCAACAGGUGGACAAAUAUUAAUUAAUGAAAAUGAAUUAUCAACUUUAAAUCUUCAAUGGUGGAGAAGUCAAAUUGGUUUUGUUAGUCAGGAACCAAUUUUAUUUGAUGCAACAAUUAAAGAAAAUAUUGCUUAUGGUGAUACAUCAAGAGAAGUACCUUUCGAUGAAAUUCAAGAAGCAGCGAAAAAUGCUAAUAUUCAUGAUUUUAUUAUAAGUCUACCACAACAAUAUGAAACAAAUGUUGGUUCAAAAGGUACACAAUUAUCAGGUGGUCAAAAACAACGAAUUGCGAUUGCUCGAGCACUUAUACGUAAUCCAAAAGUAUUAUUACUUGAUGAAGCAACAAGUGCACUUGAUACAGAAAAUGAACGUAUAGUACAAGAAGCACUUGAUCAAAUAUCAAAAGGUCGUACAACUAUUGUUAUAGCUCAUCGUUUAUCAACAAUACAAAAUUCUGAUCGUAUUUGUGUUCUUCGUCGUGGUCAUAUAGUUGAAUCUGGCAAACAUGAUGAAUUAUUAACUCUCAAAGGAUAUUAUUAUCGUUUAGCACAAGCAAAUAAAUAA